CUCAGUGGUGGGAAAAGGCUGCUGGGCACGAGUGGACCGAAGGGAUUCUGAAUGAUAACAGAAGCUCCUGUAGUUUGUGGUGGAGGUGACACAGGCUGAGGGUAUGAAAUGCAGAGGAAAGUUAACAGGAGAGUGAUAAGAAGCUCGGUUCUAUUUGAAUUUCCUUUGGCAGAGGAUACAUGUCUGGACUGUGCAUCCCCAAAAGGGUAGCUGCACCUUGAUGGGUGUGGUGCCAAACUGUGAUCGUGAGCAAGUCUCCAGAUUCCAACCGCGAUGGACGACAACGAGUCCUUCGCCGGCCUCUCCAGGGAGCAGCUCAUCUAUGCCAUCACCGUGCCGCUGUCCACCUCCAUCAUCCUGGCCAACCUCGUCAUCAUCCUGGGCAUCGCCUGGAACCGCCAGCUCCACAACACGCCCAACUACUUCUUCCUCAGCCUGCUGGUGGCGGACAUGUGCACGGGCGUGGCGCUGCCCUUCGUGCCGCUCAUGGGCCUGAACCGGGAGUUGAGCUUCAGCUCCUGCAUGGUGGCGCACACGUUUCCAAACUUCCUCUUCCUGGCGUUCCUCUUCAACCUGGUGAUGGUGCACUACGAGCGCUACAUUUGCAUUGUGGACCCCCUGCACUACAACAACCUGUGGAUGCAUCGCAGCUUCCCUCUGGCGUUGCUCGUGGUGUGGCUGCCUCCGCUGCUGUACGCGUGUCUACCUGCGUUCGGGUGGAACAACUGGACAGGACCAGAUUGGAACGGCUGUUGUUGUGCGAGUACCCAAAAUGUGACUCUACUUUCAAGCUGUUCAACCAAUGGAACCACGUGCUGCUCGUACCGGCGAGUGUUCCCCAACGCGUUCAUCUACUUGGAGGUGUACGGACUCGUCCUGCCUGCUAUUCUCACCAUCGCUGCCAUGACUGGCCGUGUCCUGUGGAUCACCCGAGGCCAGCUGAAGGACAUUUGCCGCCUCCACCGCUCGGUGGAUCGGGGCAGUCAGGCCUCGGACCAGGAGCAGAGGCUGAACCUGCGGUACACCCGCUGCGUGGUGGCCGUGUCGCUGACCUUCCUCGCCUGCUGGGUUCCCUACCUCAUCUACAUGCACGUGUGCGUCGCCGUGCUGCUCAGCGACACCAAGUGGAACUCCACCACUCACAUCGUGCUGUCCUGCACUGGCAUCGGCAGCAUGGCCGUGGUGCCGCUGGUGCUCGGCCUGGUCAACAAGCAGUACACGGAGCCGGCGUACAAACUCCUCCGGAAACUCAGAUACAGGUGGAGAAAGACGCAGGCGUCAGAGGAAGUGGCGGUCUGAGAAAACACUAAUGACUCUGAAUACUUAUGAGGAUAAAUCUGCACGACAUGAUGAUGAACUUCAUGCACACAGUCGGCCAAAAGGGGAAAUAUUUAUUUACUAAAUUAAAACACAUUGUCUUUGUUUCUUUCACAAUAUAUUUUAGGGUUCCUGAGCAAAUGACAGCAUCACACGUCUAUGAUUUAAACUUAAUUAUUUAAAUUUAGGUUUUUCUGAGGGCAUCAGAAAAUGGUUUGAGUUCCAGAGAUGGAAAAAUAAGUAACAUUGUUGAACAACUUAUACUUGAAUAAACCUAAUAACACAUAUUUAUUUAACCCAAGAGCUCAUUGGCUGAUGUACACAAUGUUUGAGGGUGUUGAAUUUAAAUGUUUGCCUCCACAUUUUGAAUCCAUUCUCUUCUCAAAUUGAUUUUUUUGUAUUUCCUGUAACCAGAGGGUGAACAACAAACAAUCUGAAAUGUAACUAUAACGUCAUGCGGGGAGGUUAAAUAAAACCAUGA